AUGUACACCAAGGUCUUUACCGCGGCUGUUGCCGUCCUCUCUUUUGCCUCAGUCGAAGCCGCAAUCCUCCCUCGCGCUACCAUCACACCCGGAACCGUCGUCCUUCCUGAAGUUGUCUUCAACCCGAGUGAGCUGACGGACCCUUUUUACACUGCGCUGAAAAUCUUCUCCAAUGACCUGACCAAGACGACCACCCUCGUCGGCGACCUCACAAGAUCCGUCGGAACGACGGUGAAGGAUAGAACCGACCAAGUCAACGCAGUCAUCCGACAAGUGACAAGCAACACCAACAGCAUCCGCACCAGAGUCGGUACAGUCGUUGGCAACCUCCUGGGCGUCGCUCCCUCAGGCCUACCGGCACCGUCCGCGACCUCCGCCGCGCCACCGUCCAUCCCGACCGCUGAGGUGGUCCAGAUCGCCCAGGAUGUCGUCCGCCAGGCCCAGCUGCUGGCCAGGGCGGCCACCCUCCAGCUCCAGAACCUCCAGGCCCAGGCCAACGCCGUCGCCGACCCAGUCUCCAAGGCGGCGUACACCCUCGCCUUCACCCAGGCCAACCUCGCCCUCCAAAUCGCCCUCACCACCGUCGCCGCCACGGCCUCGACGGCUCUCAACGCCGUGGCGAACGCCAUCGGCAACGCCAACGGUAUUGCCGAUCGUAUCCGCAACAUCCAGGCGAAGCUGAACCCUGUCCUCGUCAUCGGUGUGACUCCUGAUGUUAGCUUUUAA